AUGGGGAACACGGCGACGAAGGCACGUGAAGCCCACGCUCAGGCCAAGAGCAAGCCAAAAAACAACCGUAGCAUUCAGCAACAGAAGAUGAAAACAGCAAAGAUGACGGGUGUGCUGGCGUUGCCCAAUAGUAAGCUGAAAAAGCUACCAGAAGAAGUAUUGGAAUUGUCAAUGCUGCGGAUAUUGGACCUCACUGGUAAUCACUUGAGUCACUUGCCGUCGCAAUUGAACGUACUUAAGAAGCUAAAGACGCUCAAGGUGUCGUCUAAUAUUUUGGAGACACUGCCGGACUUGUCGGCGCUCACAGGGCUCACGACGCUAGUGCUUGAUGGCAAUGUGCUCGAGGACAUUCCGAACGUGCUACCACCCAAUUUGAUCAAGCUGUCAGUGAAAAACAACAGAUUAUCGACUGUUCCUUGCAGUGUGCUCGCACUGACGCAAUUACAAGAACUAGAUUUAUCGGAGAAUAGGUUGGAGAGUUUACCAGCACAUUUGGGGGAGAUGCACGAGCUGCAGGAGCUUAUUCUGGACGGCAACAACUUGACAGAGCUACCAGCUGCUUUGGCAAGAUGUGUCAAGCUCAAGAUGUUAUCAGCACGUAGGAAUACACUGGUCGGUCAAUCAGCAGGUGCAAAGGUACAGUCUAUUGCUGCUGAUCUGCUUGGAGAGGACUCUGCUGUCCAAGUAAUGAAUCUGGAAGGUAAUCCCAUGACUAAGGAGGACUUGCAGAAAAUGGACGGCUUUGAUGCGUUCCUCACUCGACGCACGAAACUCAAAAACAAGGAAAUUCAUGGUGGUCUCAAUUCCGAUCUAAGCCUCUGCGGUCUCCAUUGA